AUGUGGUUCUCGGCUUUCAAACAGGCUAACAUUAAAACUAUUGGCUGGCUUCAAAAAGCCAGAAACGGUAUCGAAAAUGUCGAGGAAGAAGCCGAAACAAUGAUGAACAAGAUGGCCGCCUCGUCAUCGUCACUGUCAUCAUCAACGAAGAAAAACAACGUCCGCCAAACGACCAAAAGUAAAGAACGCUUUGAUUAUAACCGUGCUAUGAGACAGUCUAAUAGUGAGAAAAGCCGAGCUUCCAAAAUCCGCGUCAUUCGAAUGUUGUUCGUCAUUGUGCUUGAAUUUUUUGUCUGUUGGUCGCCGCUAUACGUCGUUCAAACAUGGAUUGUUUUCGACGAAAAAGGAGCCAACGAUAUACUUAGUCCUACAAGCCAUUCAUUCAUACAGCUGCUAGCCUAUGUAUCUUCGUGUUGCAACCCAAUCACAUAUUGUUUCAUGAACAACAAGUUCCGCCAGGCUUUUGUCUCCGCUUUCCGUUGUUUGCACACGGUACACCCGAGUCUAACACGAAGAGAGACCCGUUCAGUGUCGACAUUUUCCGGCUCAACUCGUACGGCAACUAGCAGGAUUUUGAUCUACGACAAAAUGCAUGUCAACGACCAAAUGGUACAGAAGAGAAUUUGAAAGACUUUACUGAC